UGAAGUACAUGACACCACGAUUGAUCGCAAUACUCUUCGUGCUGAGCAGUAAACCGCUUACAGACGGAAUAGACAUCAACAAUUAUUUCCGACUGAUCAACGACGUUCACAGAUACUAUCGCACGUCGUGUAUUAUUUUCGUGAGAUCUAGCAAAUACGAUGCCGUGUUUGAUAUGGAUAUCACAGAUUUGAACAUGACGACACUGGUGCACACGUGGUCCCGAAAAUUCUCACAGCAACGAGUCAUGACUGUGACCAGAACUUUCUUGGAUUUGAUGAACGAGUACAAGGGGUACCAGCAGACUGUCACGCGACCGUUGUUCGUCGUUCUCCUCGACAUCGAGGAGACCAUGAGCGAGUUUGCUAUGAUCACGAAGACCAUAAAACCUAUAUCUUUCCCCUUCUGGCUCGUUAUGUUUCUUCAGUAUCCUGGAAAUCCCCUCGAGAAAUAUUGCAGAUAUCCUAGCAAUAAUAUAUUUAACGUGGAUUUUGGCACUCAGAUGCUGGUCCUCUGUUACGACUGCUCAAACCUAGUCGAAUGGUACGCCAUUCACGAUAAUCGAACCAGAACGUUCGAUCUAGCUACAUGGUCUUCCGAUAAAGGUCUGAUUUUGAGGACGCUAGAGAAUUUCUACGGCAGAAGAAGCAACAUGUUUGGCGACGUUAUACGUGUGGCGUCAGUAAGCAAGUGGUCGCCAUUGGUCUCACAUGAGAAUAGUAUGCUCGGGGGAUAUCUUGGUAUGUUGCUGACAGAACUCAGCAAAGAGAUGAAUUUUACGGUAAAGCUUUUGGAUCCGGAGAAGGCAUUUGGCUGGUUUAAUGAACAACGGACAGGUUGGACAGGUGUGAUCAACCAAUUAAUUGUUAACGAAGCUGAUCUCGGCGUCUCCUCGUUUACGUUGAAACACCGCAGACUAAAUGUCGUCGACUUCACGUUACCAUUGAUACGGUCGACAUAUCGCCUUUAUUUUAAACAACCCGAUAUCGAUGACGUGAACUGGUCCAUGUACUUCAUGGCAUUCAGCUUCGAAGUUUGGAUAUCAUUAAUAAUAUUAAUAAUUAUUGCUACAAUUAUGUUGACUAUUAUGCAGACAAAGAAAUUCUCGAUAAAUUUAAUAUUUGAAAACUAUAUUAAAGUUUGGGGGAUUUAUUGCCAGCAGAGUCUGCCAGGAUUUCCUAAAGAGUCACCAAUAAGAAUGGCUUUUCUUUCGAUUUAUGUUUCAUCGAUAAUAACUAUGGCUAUAUAUUCUGCCUCGGUGAUCAGCUAUUUAACGACUUCUACGCAAAAAUUGGUUUUUUCCACUUUGGAUGAAUUUGUUGUGGAUGGCUCUUUCAAAUUUCUCGUAUUGCUAAACAGCGCGGAGUACGAUCUUCCUAGUGAAGAAUUUACCAGCAACAUUGUCGGAAGGAUUCAAACAAGUAAGCAAUAUUACAUAAUUAAUGAAAUCAUUGGCAUUAAUUUAAAUAAAUCGGUUGACGUCAUUCUUAUGCAGAUCUGCGAACGACAAAAUGUGGCGUUUUACACCUCAAAGUUGAACAAAGAGUCUUCUCAACUUAAUCUGCAAUGUACGAUAGGAUAUGUUAAUUCUGGAAGAAUCGAGGAUAUUGCACUAAUACUACCAAAAGGAAGUCCUUACACUAGGUUCAUAAAUUAUCACUUGCGGCGAUUUAGGUUUAAUGGUAUUCUGAGCAAAUUGGAGAAUGAAUAUAUACCAAGAAAUGUUCCUCUGCGUCAGACUAUUUACAAAAAUGUGAAUUUGCAAGCAGUAACGCCGAUUUUAACAAUAGUAAUAUCUAGUAUGAUUCUCGCAUUAUUUAUCUUGAUAAUUGAAAAAUUGCAUUAUUUAUUUAAAACUCGAUCCAAAAACAAUGAACUGUUCAAUCAAACAUUUAGCCAUAAUCUCGACAUAAAGAAUAAAUUGCACGAAUUAGGCUUUGUGUCUCCCAAAAAACGUCAGAGUUAUCUGAAUAACAUAUUUCCUGAUAGAUCUUUGGAGGUGCAUAGAAGUAGUUGUUCUUUUGUUAUGUAUCACAUACCCGCUUUUUAUUCUUCACGUAGUCUUACCUAG